AUGUCAGCCACCUCAGUUACAUCUGUCAUCUCUGUAAACAAUAACAAGCUGACUGCAGAGAACCAGAAGCUGGAAACCAACCUGACAAAGGAAUAUAAUGACUCAGAAAUGAAGGUCAAGGAACUAACUGCACAAAACCAGGAGCUGAAGACACUGAACAUCGUAACAGAACAAAUACGAAACAUAGAAAAUGUUACUGUUGCCCAGCAGAUCAUUGAUGCCUACUGCCCAAUAAAAGAUGGAAACAGACAGUGUAAACCUUGCCUAGAUGGCUGGCUGUACCACCGGUCCAGCUGUUAUGCAGUCUAUAACAGCUGGACUGCUGGUCAGAAAACCUGGGAGCAAUCUCAAGAGUACUGCAGACGAAAGAAUUCAGACUUGGCUGUAAUAGUUAAUGUAGAUGAAAAGAAAUUCAUCAGUGAUUACAGUUGGGGAAGUAUAGGACUCGCUGGCUACUGGAUUGGACUGAGAGCUGAAGACAUGAAAUGGAAGUGGAUCGAUGGAAGUGACCUGGCUGAAACCUCCUGGAUGACACAACCUGCUAACAACGGCCUCUGUGCAAUUUCUGUCCAAAACCAAGGAUGGCGCUCAGUGAAUUGUGGAAACAAAAAGCGCUGGAUCUGCAAAAAGGCGGCUUUAUCUGUUUAA